UCUGCCCCCACUAUCUUUGCCUGGGUCAAAGGUUACGCCAGCAAUGCCAGAAACAAAGGCGCAGAUGCAGAAGCAUUACACGGCACACUCUGUGACGACGCUGACAGCACACUCCUGACGAUAGAUCCAGUCUUUGACAUCUCAGGCGCAAAACUGCGCUUUCUCACUCAGUCCCUUGCCUACCAUGGCCUCUAA